ACUUGCCUUAAGCCCUUAAAACUCUUCGCACGGCACUGAGGAUAGUGAUAUGCGAAUGUAAGUUAAACUUAAAACAUCAACACAUCUUGUAAGAUACCGCAUUGUUGCUAACCAAUGGUUCAAAACGGUGCGAUUACAAAACUUACGAGUGGAGCGGCACGAUUUCAGCAAACACAUCUGGUCUAUAAACCUUUUUACUAUAUAUAUGGUACUAAAUUGUGUAACAUGUAGUAAAAAAAUUUUUGGACAAAGGUGCAUAUAUACGUAAGAUUUGUUUUUCGCUAAAAUAUAAAGAAGAUUACAUAAAAUAAAAAUUCGGUCGCCGAGCAGACAAAAGAAAAAAAUAGUGACAAAGAAACAAACGCAGAAACCGCGUGGGUCCGGCCAAAGUCUUGUAACCAUUUCAUUAUUUUGCAUUCAAGAUAUUGUGUUGUUAGGUCAUACGUGUAUAUAUAUAGAGAGAGAAGAGAUUCUACUAAAAGAUAUAACCUAUUGUUGACAUUAAUGUUAAGCUGACCUCUCUUUUUGUUUUUACUGUGGGUUUUGUUGUUAGAAGAGCUUAAUUAUUCUUGAAAGUUAAGUUUCUAAUUAGGUUGAAUUACUGAGGAUAACACAAAAGACAAGAGAUUCUUCUCAUAUGUACGAAGUAUAGAAGAGAAAAUGUCAUUUUGAAUGUCAUUCUAUCCUCUCUCGUAGAAAAUGUCAAAGAAAGAAAAAUAACAAAAACAAGAAAAGCAUAAAGUUGAAAAAGAAGAGACAGAUGCAGCAGAAUUGGUCUAAAUCAUUUUGACAAAACUAUAUAAAAUACAAUCGAAUGUCACUUUCAAUAAUAAUUAGCUUACUUUUUAAUGAAAAUAAUGAAAGCGACUUCUAUCUGAGACUGGUAAAAUGAUCUCUCUUCAUUGGUUGUACAUUAGCUGUCAAAUGUAUUACAUUUCAUAUACAUUCGCAAACUCCAUACAGUACUAUAUGGUACAUUUCAUUUCCUGGAGUUACUUGGGAAACACUGUUGUAAUCCUUUUAACAUGAUUAUGUUAUAAACUUGUAAUCAUGAAAUUUUGAAUUAAUGAGUACGUUGUAACACAUCAUUUUAUAUAUAUAUAUAUAAUGUUCAGGAAAUAUUAGCCUGUAAUUAAGUAUUUUGUAGAGGAUGUGGUUAGACGCUAACUAGAUUUAUUUUUAGAAAAAUCGUCUAUGAUCGAUUUAGCGUCUAUAUGGCAGUCUACACCCAAUUUUAGAAUUCUUUUGCUAAAUGAUUUUUUGAAAAUUGAAUGUAUAUAUUAAUGUCACUGCAUCUCUUUACAUUUUCUUUUCGACAAUAAAACGGUAAUGAUUACUAAACCGGAACAAAGUUGUAUGGUAUACUAUUUUCCCAGCAAUAGUAUUUUUUGUCUUUCAAGAAAAUCUUGGAUUUAAUGAGAAUUAAAUGAACAAGACGAACAGAAAAACAAAAUAAAGAAAAAGACAUGAAACAUAGUCCCCCCCCUUCCCUUUUAGUCUUUUCUUUGCUUUCUUCUCUACACAAAGCUCUCUCUCUCUCUCUCUCUCUACCUCACGACUCUUUAAGUUACGACGCAGUUUGCAUCCAAACGCAAACAUCUGCUUUUAGCGUCCGCUCGAGCUUUCAUUGAAGUACUGGACAGCUAGACUUUCCUUUUUUCAAGAUCUAAACACACCGUGUUGUAUGCUUUGGGUUAGAAACCAAAAGGUUGACAAUAAAAACACAUUUAGAAGCUUAAAAGGAGUUUGUGAAGUUCUUGUUGGUUAGUGUGCUGUUUCUGGCAAAUGCAGAGUCUCUUCUCUAUGCAAUACUAUAGAGACUAUGAUGAUGGAGAAUAAGCGCUGUGUCUGUUCUUUUGAAGAAAGCAGCAUGAAACGACACAAGUCUGAUUCCUCUUUCUCUUCCAAGGAGAGGAAGGACAAGGUAGGAGAACGUGUUUCAGCUCUUCAACAGCUAGUUUCCCCUUAUGGAAAGACCGACACUGCAUCAGUUCUUCUAGAGACGAUGCAAUACAUUCAGUUUCUUCAAGAACAAGUCAAGGUUCUAAGCGCUCCAUAUCUUCAAACAUCGCCCACUAUUACGCAGGAAGAGAUGGUGGAUCACAGUUUGAGAAGCAGAGGGUUAUGUCUUGUCCCAAUGGAGUAUACGUUAGGGGUUGCUCAAAGCAACGGUGCUGAUAUAUGGGCUCCUGUGAAGACUCCAACAUCUCCUGCUUUUCAAUGACUUGACUCCACCAGCUGCCAAAAAUCGGUGUGCCUCACGAGUCAAGACUUAAUAAAAAAUAACCCAAAACGUUAAUUAGUCUGAGGAUGUCUAUGUAACACAGACAGUGAUGGCUGUUUCUGUUAUUUUUUAUGGUUAAUCUCCAAACUACGUGAUGGGCUUGAUAAAGCCCAUUACUUUGAUUUGUAUAAUUUGGUCUAAUACAAUUUCGUAAUAAUUGAUUGAUUCGACGCAAAGUUUU